UUUCGGAUUUCUUUACCUUCCCUUCCCUUGACCAUGGCACACCCUGCAACUCCGAUCUCUCCUCCUCUGAAAGAUGAACUGGACAUAGUGAUCCCAACGAUCAGAAACCUCGAUUUCUUGGAGAUGUGGAGGCCUUUCUUCCAGCCUUACCACCUGAUCAUCGUCCAAGACGGAGAUCCCACCAAAACGAUCCGAGUCCCUGACGGCUUUGACUAUGAGCUCUACAACCGGAACGACGUCAACCGGAUUCUGGGACCCAAGGCCAGCUGCAUUUUCUUCAAGGACUCCGCUUGCCGAUGCUUUGGCUUUCUUAUCUCCAAAAAGAAGUACAUCUUCACCAUUGACGACGAUUGCUUCGUGGCUAAGGAUCCGAGCGGGAAGGAGAUCAACGCGUUGGCUCAGCACAUAACGAACCUAUUGACGCCCUCGACGCCCUUCUUCUUCAACACACUGUAUGACCCCUUCAGGGAGGGUGUGGACUUCGUUCGGGGAUACCCAUUCAGCUUCAGAGAAGGUGUCUCCACUGCUAUCUCUCAUGGCCUCUGGCUCAACAUUCCUGACUACGAUGCACCCACUCAGCUCGUUAAGCCUCACGAACGUAACACCAGGUACGUGGAUGCAGUCAUGACAAUACCCAAAGGCACCCUGUUCCCAAUGUGUGGAAUGAACUUGGGUUUUAAUAGGGAGCUGAUAGGACCUGCUCUGUACUUUGGGCUCAUGGGUGAUGGCCAACCUAUUGGAAGAUACGAUGACAUGUGGGCUGGCUGGUGUGUCAAGGUAAUCUGUGAUCAUUUGAGUCUUGGGGUGAAGACAGGGUUGCCAUACAUUUGGCACAGCAAGGCAAGCAACCCAUUUGUAAACUUGAAGAAAGAAUACAAAGGAAUCUACUGGCAGGAAGGAAUCAUCCCAUUCUUUCAGUCAGUUUCACUCCCAAGAGAAUGUACAACCGUGCAGAAAUGCUACAUUGAGCUCUCAAAACAGGUGAAGGACAAACUUGGUCACAUCGACCCUUACUUUGUGAAGCUGGGAGAUGCUAUGGUCACAUGGAUUGAAGCCUGGGAAGAGCUCAACCCACCACCUAAAGCAACAUCCUAGUCUGACAUCCGAGUCCUCUCCCAAACCCAAGAAGAAAGCGGAUAAUGAUAAAAUUCCUUUACUUUUACCU